UCAUCUCCCUCUCCUUAAUCUCAAUAGGUGGAAUACAUGUUGGUGUCUUUUGAUCAUGAAAAUAAGAGAGUGCAGUUGGUCCUGUCUGGAGAAGAAGUCCUUGAAACUCUGCAAGAAAAGGGGGAAAGGACAAACCCGAACCACCCUACACUUUGGAGACCAGAGUACGGGAGUUACAUGAUUGAAGGGACACCUGGACAGCCAUACGGAGGAACCAUGUCCGAGUUCAACACAGUUGAAGACAAUAUGAGACAGCGCCGGAAGGAAGCAACUUCUUUAUUAAAAGAAAAUCAGGCUCUUUGCACAAUAACUUCAUUUCCCAGAUUAGGCUGUCCUGGGUUCACCCUGCCUGAGUUCAAACCCAACCCAGUCGAAGGAGGAGCUUCCAGGUCCCUCUUCUUUCCCGAUGAAGCAAUAAACAAGCAUCCCCGCUUUAGCACCCUAACCAGAAAUAUCCGGCACAGGAGAGGAGAAAAGGUAGUCAUCAAUGCACCAAUAUUUAAAGAUAAGAACACACCGUCUCCGUUUAUAGAAAAAUUUCCUGAGGAUGACGAGGCGGCCAAGGCUUCAAAGCCAGAUCACAUCUACAUGGAUGCCAUGGGAUUUGGGAUGGGCAAUUGCUGUCUUCAGGUAACGUUCCAAGCCUGCAGCAUUUCCGAGGCUAGAUACCUGUAUGAUCAGUUGGCCACUAUCUGCCCAAUUGUCAUGGCUUUGAGUGCUGCGUCUCCUUUUUACCGAGGCUAUGUGUCAGACGUUGAUUGUCGCUGGGGCGUGAUUUCUGCAUCUGUAGAUGAUAGAACUCGGGAGGAGAGAGGACUGGAGCCACUGAAGAACAAUAACUAUAGGAUUAGUAAAUCCCGAUAUGAUUCAAUAGACAGUUACCUGUCUGAGUGUGGAGAGAAAUACAAUGACAUCGACUUGACAAUAGAUAAAGAAAUCUACGAGCAGCUGUUGCAGGAAGGCAUUGACCACCUCCUGGCCCAGCAUGUUGCUCAUCUCUUUAUCAGAGACCCGCUGACUCUGUUUGAAGAGAAAAUACACCUGGAUGAUGCCAAUGAGUCUGACCAUUUUGAGAACAUUCAGUCCACAAAUUGGCAGACAAUGAGAUUUAAGCCUCCUCCUCCAAACUCAGACAUUGGAUGGAGAGUGGAAUUCCGGCCCAUGGAGGUUCAGUUAACAGACUUCGAGAACUCGGCGUAUGUGGUGUUUGUGGUGCUGCUCACGAGAGUGAUCCUUUCCUACAAAUUAGAUUUUCUCAUUCCGCUGUCAAAGGUUGAUGAAAACAUGAAAGUCGCACAGAAACGAGAUGCUGUCCUGCAGGGAAUGUUCUACUUCAGGAAAGAUAUUUGCAAAGGUGGCAAUGCUGUGGUGGACGGCUGUGGCAAGGCCCAGCAGAGCGCGGAGCUGGCCGCAGAGGAGCACGAGGAGUACGCCCUGAUGAGCAUAGACACCAUCAUCAAUGGGAAGGAAGGCGUGUUUCCUGGGCUGAUCCCGAUUCUGAACUGCUACCUGGAAAACAUGGAAGUGGAUGUGGACACCAGAUGUAGCAUUCUGAACUACCUGAAGCUGAUUAAGAAGAGAGCAUCUGGAGAACUAAUGACAGUCGCCAAAUGGAUGAGGGAGUUUAUUGCAAACCAUCCCGACUACAAGCAAGACAGUGUAAUAACCGAUCAAAUAAACUAUAGCCUUAUUUUAAAGUGCAACCAAAUUGCAAAUGAAUUAUGUGAAUGCCCAGAGUUACUUGGACCAGCAUUUAGGAGAGUAAGAUAUAGCGGAAGUAAAACGGACUCUUCCAACUAGGCCCCUGCAGAGGGACUCGCUCGCUGUUUCAUCGGAGAACCGGCCACAGCUCCAGCCAGAGCCUGGCGUGACCAGGUUAACGACCGUACCGGUUCCUGGACCCAUGGGCCGGAAAUGGCCUGAGAGGCUUCCUUCAGCGGGUAAAUCUAGAGUUUUUACAGCGAACCUGUACAUAGUAAAGUAUUUUUAUGAUUAACAAUGUAUUUUAAUAACAUAUCUAAAGUGUGGACUGGCUUGUACAUUUCCCAAUUCUCACUCUGGAGCAACAACUGCCCAAGCAGUUUUGUAAAUGUGAUGUUCUAGUAAUUGUACUAUAUCUGCAUUCCAGAGUUCAAAAUGUUUACUGUAAAUAUUUGUGUGUGUGUUUUUUUUUUAAAGACUUUACCUGGACCUGAUUCACUGAAAUUUAUCACUUCACUUUAAAACCAGUUUGUCUUAUUGAUGUUCUUUCAGGCAUCUCCUUUGUUUUAUAUUUAAAAUCACUGUCGGAUCCAUUGAAGGGCUUCAGGGGUAACCCUGGAUUCUGGCACCUUAUCUGUUUCUUUUGUAAUCGGAAUAGCUAACCACCAAGUAAACCCGUCGAACUGAUGGCUGUUAUGAAAGGUACUGUCCUUUUUUAUUGAAUUCGAUGAGGCAGGCAUUAAAGAGAACUCUAUAGGAAGGCAGGAGACCUGUACCCUGAGUUCACAUGUAGUGAUUAUUGGGGGUGAUGGUUUUCCUCCUGUGCAUAAUAUACAGAGUGUUGUCAAAAAUGGCACCCGCUCCUGUGUCUGUUCUGGUUGCUGCUGUGUAUGUAAAUGUGCAAAUCAGGUGCAGUUGCUGAAGGUUGUUUUCUUACUUUUUUGUAGUUUCCAGUAAGCAUAUUGACAGACUUCCUUAUAAAAGCCAUUUGCUCUAGGUUUUACCUGGAGGAUAUCCUACAUGCUGCUUAUGCCCUUCUCCGUGAAGCUCUUCAAUAAAUCAUGAUAUGCACUAAGUUGUGAAUCAAGCCCCUAAAUGUUUAACUGUAAAUAAGUUUCACAUAAUUGUUAGAGCAUUUUGUUGAAGGUUUUUUCCAAUUAAAGUCUUAACCUACUUCAGAAAUAACUAUGUACAGUAGAUUAUGCAAACCUUAACAGGCAUCAAUAUUUAAACUAAUGUGAAUUUUAAGAGAUUGUGACAAAGCUGCUUCUGCUAAGUCUGCUUAGGUAUAAAUACUAGGGUUUGUGCUAUGUUUCAUACACGCUCAUUGGAGGAUUAAUGAAUGCCUGCUUUUCAUUUGCUUGUAAAUCAGGUUGUAAAAAGGCAGAUAAACUAAAUGUUUGUGGGAUGAGGAAAUAAAAGAAUGGAAUGAGAAUCCUGAAAA